AAUCGUACCGAAAUUCCAAACCGAAAAUUUAUGCAGUAGACGACUAAUAUUUGUUUCUUUUAAUUACGUACUUGUUUUGCAAAUAAGAGGAGAAGAAGUAAUCUUCCUCCAGUUUUUAUGUUCAUGUUGCUUGUAGGAGUUGAACUCCAACUUUGUUUCUUGUUAUUUUCUAUUUCAAUCAAUGAAAAAUAAAUAAAAAUAGGUAGUCUUAACUACCAACGGAAAUCAAUCUUUAAUUCUAUAGCUUUUGGGAUCAUUAUUUUGAUAUCGUGACUUGAAGCAUCUACGGUCAUGGCAAGCAACGAAUUAGAGGAUGUUGGACUUGGAAGCAGGUUUAGGAACGGUGCAGGAUGAGAUACUCAAGAUCACUGAUGGUAUCACCGUGGAGGAUUCAUUUUAAACAAAUGUUGUCAGACGCACCAAGGAAAUGGAUUACAAGAACAAACAAGGACGAGCUUUGAAGAUUGACUCCAAGUACACUCUCAUGACGAGUAUAAUCUUCAUCACUGAUCUCACAUCGAUCAGGUGCAAGGACUCAUGGCGUCACUCAGUUACAUCAUUCAAAGCAUAAAACCUAUUCUUCAUUCUAGAUUCCUAUUUAAAUAGUGUUUUUCAUUCUCAAGCUGCCACAAAAAUCUAACGGCAAAGCUGCUUCAGCACUCAGAGUCUUUCAUUUACUCUGUUGCCUGUCCACGUCAGCUUCUGCAUAUGCCAAGUCCGUGUAAAGAUAGUUUAUAUCUAUCAGACCUUUUGUUGGUAGGAUCAGUGUUUUAAAUUUAGACUGCACUGCGUACAUCCAAAUUAGUGGAGCCAUAAUCAAGAUCUCGAAAAGUUUGGGAGACACCUAGCACAUCAAUCUUGUAAACUUAACUUCCCAUGUGUCUUAUCAACUACAAAUCCAGUGCAUAGGGUGAAAGUGUAUUAGGUUUGAUAACCUUUCCAUUGAUCACGAUAGUAUAUUUAUACAAGAGGAUGAGAUCUUAGGAGAUCUAUCGUAUGAGGAUAUACACAGAAUAUACGUAACAACCGUAUGGAAUAAUAUCCUAACUAACAUAGGGAGCAAUUAACAUAGAAAUCCUCUGAAGUUAACUUCAGGCCAGUCUCAUUAGACGAGAUUCAAUCAGUUUUGUUUUAUCUCGAACACCUGAUGCCUACUGGGACAAUACAACACAAGGAGGAUUCAUAAAACUCCAAAUCUUCUUUUUGGGCAAACUCCCAAAUCAUGUUGGUAAAGAACAAACAUAACUAUUCCUAAUCAUCUGAGCAAAAAAUGAAAUAAAAUUGAGGGAAAGUAAACGUCCAUUACGUUCAAUAAAUGUAUUGUUUUCUUACAGUUAGAUUUUUAGAUUUUAGGUUAUAGUCAGAUGGACAACUUGUUCACUGGCAUAUAUAUUAAACCAUUUCUAAACAUCAAUAUUUUAUGUCUGAAAACUGUUAUAUGAAAAACUAAUAUUACAUAAGAUGGAAUAAUAUUUAGAGAAAUCGGGCUCUAUGACACCAGAAUAAUGCAUAAUUAGGUUGAUAAACAAUCACCCUAGCUUUUCUAUACGCCGAUAUAAUUUUAUGUAAUAUUGUUGUUUUGUCCUUAAUCCCAACCGGCGGAACCUAAUGAAUUUUUUUAAAAAAAUUCUUAAUGUUUAACUAUGGAAAGUAACUCGUGACACUAUUAGCAUCACAUUAUCUUUUUUAACUUGUUUUGAUAACUUUUGAAAAAAUGAAAGGUUGUCAUCGAAGGUUUUACCUUCUUCCAACCCACCGAUUUUCUCUCCACAGUCGCCACUGUCGGCCUCCUCUGUGUUUCUUUGACUCCUCGAAAUUCAUUGCAAAGGGGAAAUCGUCCCUUCUUGUUGAAUUGGUUGCUAGGAGAGUUCGUAAGUAUGAUCAGCCUGAAAGACCACCAAAGCCUCAUCUCCUUCAUAUCAGCGAUUAGGUUCAGAUAUGUUGCAAUAUUGUAAGCUUUUUGUUUUGUGCAAUAAAUUAUAUUAUUUCAUUGUUAUUUCUGCUAUUUGGAAUAGAUUCGGCCCUAGUCUAUUCUAAGUUGAUAACUCUUACCCAUCGUUUCUGUUGCAUGCCCGAUCUGGUAAACUGAGGUAAACGAAUUGAUUUAGGAUUGAAGAAUCAUAUUAGAACUAAUAUACUAUUUGUUUUCUAUUUCAUCUGACCAUCUGUUCCGUUCCAUAUAUAUAAAUUCUAUAUUAUAUCAGAUGGUCAAUUCUAAUUGCAUAUGUUACUUCUUUACUCGCAUAAGCUAUUUGGGAUUGACACAACUAAACAUUUAACCUAAGCGUAAAGUAAUCUUAUAUGCUGUCAUUUCCUUUCAACUUUUAAACUAACGUGUGUCUUCAUUUUCAUUUUGUUUUCAGGUUUGUCAUGGAUGAAUUAGAAGGGUAACAAUAUUUCUAUACUAUUUUAUGAAAUGGAACAUACUAUAUUUCCUUCAAAUUUGGCUCUUCUCUUAUUUGCCAUGUUUAUUAAUAUAUAAUUUACUAUUUAGUAAGUUAUAUUUCAUUCGAUGAUUGAAAAAGAGGGUUCAAUCUUGUUCAUUGUUGUUUCAUGUUCUAUUGAUAUGAGUUUUGUAUUGGUGUAUACAUGUCCUUUAUGUAUGUAUAUAAUUUUGUAAAGAAGAAUAAUAUAUUGAACGUAAAUGGAAUAAAAUUUAUUAUGACAUCAAACAAAACAAAACACAAUGUGAUGUUGAAUGGGAAUGAUAUCCAUAUGAUAUUGUGUCUUCCACCUCUUUUCUCUAAUGCUGUCAAUCUUCAUUUCUUUUCGCUGCAAUUAAUCUGAAUUUUGGUGUAAGCAGUACACUGUAAACAUAGACACUUCAAAAUUUGAAUAAUAUAUAUGUACUGUGUUUAUAUCGUUUGUUACAUUUUAUAUUCUAUUUGCUCAUGUAGAAUAGAAAUACAUUGUACUUGCAUUUUGAAAUUUGGGUUUAGUUUAUGAAAGAUUGGGGUUGACAUUGGAUUAAUGUUUAUAUUUUCAUGUAGGGUUUAUUAAUUAGUGGCUAAGGUUUAGUUUAUGAAGGAUUGGGAUUGACAUUGGAUUAGAGUUUAUAUUUUCGUGUAGGGUUUAGUGAUUAGUUGAUAGAGUUUAGUUUAUGUACGAUUGAGGUUGAGAUUGGGGAAAACAUUACCACCUUCCAUGAAGGCUUAGCCAUAUCAACAUUUGAGAAAUAUGCUAAGAUUAUAUGUAGAUUGCAACUAUAUUUUCACAUUUUCUAUUAUAUAUGCUUCAUUCUAGAAUGGUAAUGCAUCUUACUGGCAUUUCAAAAUUUGGAUUUAAUUUUUGGAAAAUUGAAGUUGACAUUGGAUUAGGAUUUAUAUUUACGUGUAGGUUUAGUGAUUAGGUGAUAUAGUUUAGUUUAUACUCUGUGUUGGAUUAUCUCGUUGUAAGUUUAUUGUGGUUAUUUUGUUGAAGUACAUACCAUGAUUCAAUUAUAUAUCGUUCAUGUAGAAUAGAAAUUAGACUUCUUUGUAUUUCUGCUAUAAAUUGGAAUGGAAUACAAGAUAUAUUGAAAAGAGUUCUAUUUUAGUCCACAUAUUUACUGUGCACAAUAACUCUGUAUGCGGUAAAUAUUUAAGUGAUGUGGUCUUUCGUAAGUUAUCACCAGUUCACCUCUUCUUGGACUACAUAAAUCAUAGUCGGUGUCAUCUAUUUCUCCUGCUUUACCGGCAACUUGUUGCAAUAAAGGACAUAACCAGAUCAUAUGAGGAUUAAAUGUCACUGAUUCAAUUACGUCAAACUCAUAGUCAGUUUUUUAAUUACAUUUCUGUUUUUGGCUAUCUCGCAAAUUUUCUCUAAUAUUUAUGAAUAAACUCAUAUUACAUGUGAUUUUGAGUCUAGACUUCUUAAUAAUCCAAAAAACAAAACUCCUAUAUGCCAACUUAUACAAUGAGCCUGACCAACAACUCUAGUUUCCAGCUUUUAAAAUAAUCAAUUUAGACGGUAAAUUAGUGAAACGUUUUAAAAAAAUAUAUAUUUGAAAUUAAAAAUUAACCUGGAUGACGCCUACUCGUUCAUCUAUUCUACACAUGAGUCAUCUACGAGCCGUUUAAUUACCACCUAACGAUUUUUUAACAUUGCUAUUUGAAAUUUGUUAUUUUCAAAUGAUACUGCUUCCCCAUUCCAAAACAAACCAGUAAAUAAUUUAUAACAUUUCUAGGAUACUCAAAUGUUCUCAUUUAUCAUAUCUUUAAGAUUUUCAUUGUAAUGUCCAUAUAUUACGGGAUCUGUGACACAAAGGGAAUGGAGCUUCCUAUCAUAUUUUAAAAUACUUCUGCAUGAUCUAAAAUUGAAACUCGAAAAAGAUGCCAAAUGUUUUGAUAUAUAUAAAAAACACAUGGUACAGUACUAUUACAAACAUCUUUUGUCAAACCAAACAGAAAAGGAAAUAUAUAGUAUUAUUUUUGAACAACCACGUUUUAAGGUUCUCGCGUAUAACGUGGAAGAUUAUUGUAAUAUAUAUGGGAUAAUUUUGAGUAGCAAAAUCUGAUAAUCUGCUGACUAUAUAUGAAGGCAGUCAUGCAUAAUUUAGACAUAAUACUUACUGAAAACACAAAAAUAUAAAGUCUGUCUACUGUGGAUCGAGAGAGAGUUAAUAUACAUGGCGAUAUCCCACGUCCGGCCUUUGCUUCUUCCUCUCCUUGUAUCACUCUUUUUCUUACCUGCUGCUUUGAACGCAACCAGAUUCUCGAAAUGCGAUCGUAAGUAGCGGUUGAUGUUAUAAUUUAUUUUGAUAUAUAUAAAAAACAACGCGCCUCACGCGCCUCAACGCGCCUCAACGCGCCUCACGCAACCAGAUUCUCGAAAUGCGAUCGUAAAUGCGAUCGUAAGUAGCGGUUGAUCGAAAUGAGAAGAGAACAACGCGCCUCACGCGCCUUUGAAAAAAUCCUCUCAAGCUGAGGUCGACCUCUUUCCUCCUCCACCGUCGUUCUCAGCGGCGACGGACCUUACCCGCCACCAUGGCAAAGAAAAAACCCCCCAAAAAGCCGGCUCCUACCCGGAAUUCUCCAUCCUCCUCUCCAUUGAAGGUCUCUGUUCCCCCAAUUGAAGAUCCGGUGCCUGAGUUCAACCCAGCCACUGUGCUUGAUUUACCAAGCCCUUCUCUUGGAAACACAGACUGUGAAGUCACUCUAUCCCCGUCCCUGCCCACUGAGCUUGAUGUUCAUCUCGAUCUGGUCUCUGACGCGGAACCCCCAUCCUCUGAAACCCUAGCUACAGUGUCCUGUGAUGUCUCUGUAGUUAAAGAAGGUACUGCCAUCCUCGCGGUUCAAGCUAGUGCGGAAAAGGUUACAAUUGUCUCCUCAUCCGUCCCCGAGCAGUCUAUCACUCCGGUCACUUCCUCUGUUCCCGACCAGACGAAAGCUCCGUCUGCCUCUGUUGAGCAAGCUAAGUCACCAGCUGAAAUAUGGAAGGGCUUUGUCAAACCCACGCAAAUCAAACUUCAACCGAAAGAAACACCAUUUAUAUUGGAAUCUGGUGAAGCGUGUGUUACUAUCCCGAACUCGGUGGUGGAGAAGAACAAGAAAGCUUGGGAAUACUUCAUUAUUGGUCAAUUCUACGAAGAAGCCCCAGCUCGAGGUGCUGUACAUGCCAUUGCUAAUGGUAUUUGGAGCAAUCAGAGAAGGGACAUUUCAGUAUCCAAAAUGGAAGGGAACUCUUUCCUAUUUCGUGUGCCUUGUCCUAACGCUCGACGCAGGAUACUCAGACAAAACUUCUGGCAGAUAGAUGGCCAAACAAUGUUUGUUGCCAAAUGGGCUCCGGGCUUGCAGCAAGUAAAGCCGGAACUUGAAAUGGUGCCUGUGUGGCUAGAGUUCACGGGAGUUCCGCUCCAGUUUUUCAACAGUGAUGCUCUCCAAGAGAUUGCAGGCAUAGUGGGUCACCCAGUCUGCUUGCAUCCUUCGACAGAGAACCUCACAAACAUUGAAGUAGCGAAGGUCUACACAGUCAUUGACCCGAGGAAGCCUCUCCCGGCCUUUGUUAAUGCGAGAUUCCAAAAUGGUGAUACUAGGAGAAUCUCUGUAACGAGCCCAUGGCUGCCCUCUCAAUGCACUUUCUGUAAGAAGCUAGGUCACACCAUCUCACGCUGCAAAGCUGCUCCGAGAACCUGUGCUGCUUGCAACUCAGUUAGGCAUACCACUGAAAAUUGUCCGAGAGGUCUUAACUUGCCCCCGAAGGAUAAAGGGAAGGCGCCUAUAAAGAGUCUGCUGCCUAUUGUUUCCCUGAACAAGAGAGAGUCUACUCCCAAGCAGGUGUAUAGGGAAAUUCAGAAGAAAGCAAAUGUUCCUUCUCAUUCUGUAUUAGCUCGGGAUUCCGUCGCUAAUGCAGCAGCCGUGAUUAAGGAAGCCGAAACAAAUAAAGAUCCCUCUUCGGUUUCGAAAGACGGGCUCACGGUUACCACAGUUCACGACCUCAAUAUAGGCCAACUCUAUGUUGAUCUCUCAGGAUCUCCGGGCUUCUCUCUCAUCGCCUCAUCAUCCUCCGGUGAAUCAUCCUCGGAACGGGACUCUACUUCUGGUGAUGAGGACAACACAGGGGAUUCCCAGGAUGAAUUCAUAGAAGUCAUCUCUAAGCGCUCUAAGAAGCAACUAAAGGAUAAGGAGAAGUCAAGAGCUAGGGUUAGAGGCCCUCAAAUCCUCUAAAUUUUGCCUAUUUUUAUGGAUAUUUUUUGUUGGAACAUAAGAGGUUUCAAUGA